CAUGAAAACAAAGAUCUACUUUUUCAAUAUCUUUCAGGACACUUGACACAUUCCAGAGAAAAGCUGUUUUUUUGGGGUUGUUUUUUUUUUUUUUUACUGUGAAGUUCAGAAGAAUCUGCAUUCUCUGGGAUUUUAAAUAAGUAUAAAAUGAAAACAGUUUAAAGCUUAGCCUUCAAAAUGAAUGUUGAAAAGUCAGAUGACAAAGCAGAGAAUGGCUUGAAGUCUUCCUUACUUAUAAGGGAUGAAAAUGGAAAUAACUACGCAUGUCACAGAGCUACACCUUCUUUAAAGAAUUGUACCGCAGAGACAGACAGUAAUUCGACUGACCAAAAUACAGUGACUGAGCAGGAAGAUGAUACCACCAUUCUUGAAAAUAACAGUGACUUCAGAAGUACUCUUCUAAAACAGCAGGGUAUUGAAGCACUUCAUCUGCAGAGGACACCUGGUAAAUACACCUGCACAGGAGCUCUGUUGGGAGAUGCAGAUGCUGCAUGCAAGUCUUCCAUGACUGAACAGAUUUGUGAGUAUCCUUUGAACCGUGACUUGGAAGAAGCAACAAACUUACUGAAAGGUAAUGUUGCUGUGGCAAAAAUGCAAAGUCAGAGCAUCAAACAAUCGGUGCCUUACAGUCAGACUGACUCUGAGUGUGUAUUACCUCCUGCUUCAGAACAGAACACACAGUCCCUGGUAAAUGACAGGACAUGUUGCCACCUGACCAUGUUGGAUGUUACUAAUAUUGUAGGUGAAACUCUGGGAACUGACCAAAAUGAUGACAUGGAUCCAAGAGAAACACUAAUCUCUUCUGAAGUAUGUACGAGAGAGCGGUCUGAUAGAACCAGCUCGGAAAGAACACCUAAUUUCUCCUCUGCAGUAGUGGCUCCAGAAAGCCCAGAUGCCUGUUCAGAACCUGAAGUCUAUUGUCCUUCCCCUGCAGGUGUUAAGCACUACCUAAAUAACACUGAUAAGCCUGAUAACGAAUCACAGGAAACAGAAACAGAGUCUGUAAAACUAGCUGCUGGAUGUAGAGAUCCUUAUAGGCAAGAUGCAUUAUCACCAUGUGUUAAUUUUAAUGAACAUGACAAAAUCAAAUUCUCACAGGAUACGCCUGAUCAUGGUGAAACUGGGAAUUCCAGUGCUAAAACGUGCAUGGAUGGUCCUGUAAGUAGUGUGCACCUUCUCCCACUAAAUAAAACGGAUGAAGAGCAAUUAUCAAAGAAAACCAAUGAACUCUCAACCAGAGAACAGCAUAUCUCUGGAAAUGCUGCUCUUCGGGAUACAUGCAACACCUCUUCUGUAUCUUACAGUGUACCAAAAUUGAAUAGGGCUGUUACACCUGAUCUGAAAUGUGAAGCAACUUUUGUGGUCUUCAGUCCUAUGGCUGAUGAAAGUGAUCCAGCUCUGUGUACUUCAACCCCUAAAGAGCUAUCAAAAAAUACAACUUUCUGUGUUCCAGCCUUGGUGGAACCCAGAGACGAGUCUCCCAAAUUGAGACCAAAUGAGGCAUUUGCAGGAGGGCAUAAUAGACAGCCUUUACGUAAGGCUAGUUCAGGUCAAAGUGCAGGAAAAACGGUGGGCAGGUCUCCUAUUGUGUCAACACUAACCAAAGCAAAGAAAUCAGAGAUUGUUAGUUUUCCUAGACCUAAUUUCAAAAACGUUAAGCCAAAGGUUAUGUCUAGACCUUCUCUACAGUCAAGAGACAGUGCAGCCUUUAAACAGUCUCCCCAGUCGCCCCAGCCAUCAGCUGGCUCCUCGCCCUCACUGGUUGCUUCCCCAAGGCGAUUGUCCCCCUCUAUAAAAGUGCUGAAGAAGAAAAUAGAUCUUGCUAAAGAUAGUGCAGUGGAAUUGCCUGUGAAUAAGCCCCACAAGCUACAUCUUAACAAACACCUCUUCACUAGCCAAGAUGUACAUGCCACAACACAUCCCAGAAAUGUUUCCCACAAAGCUUCAAAGACACCUCUGUUAAAACAGAAUCCGGAAGACACUGGCAAAGCAAACUCUACCCAUUCGGCAUGCUCCUCUGCUUCUGCUGUGCUUCCAGCAUGUGUAGAGAACUCAAAAGAAAUGCUGAAUGAUAAAAUGGAAAGUUCAGACUCUUUAGUGGAGCCCUGUGCUCAGAAUACCUUCCUGGCUGGAGGUGAAAGUGAGCAAAGCAGCAACAUGGGAAUCUUUCUGGAAGAAGCUUUGUUAAAAGAUGUGGCCAAUGAAACGUUUGACCUGCACUCUGUUCCUUUGAUGCCUUCUGUGAAGGAUGGGACAACACCAGGGAAAAGCAUACUGAAGAAAGGUCCAUUCACACUACGGAGUGCAUCAACUCCCAAAGUUAAAACGGUGCCAUCUGUGUUGCCCUUGAAGAAAGGAUGUGAAAAUAAAACUAUUGGCGCAGUUAAAACACCUCACAAAGGGGCUGUUCAGUCAUCAAGCUCUGGAUCUUUGCCAAGAGAGAGGCAUGCCUCUGUGAAAAAUACUCCAGUCUCCUGGGCUGGCUCUGGUAAACCACUCACCAAAUCCAAAGUGCCUGUCAAAAGAUCAGUGCUUGAGAGAACUCCUAGCAUCUCAUCAGUCAGCAGUGCCCAGAGUGAGCCAAGUCAUUUCAGCAGUAACUCUGCAAGUGCCACAGUCGUCAUCAAGAAUGGAGAAUGGCCUACAAAACCAGCCUGUCAGAAUGGUACUUCUGCUCCUGUCCCUUUGAAAGCAGUACCAAGACCCAGGUUACACGCAUUGAAGUCAACCCCAAAAGGAGCCAAGGCCAGGUCUGUUUCACUGAAUCAGUGCACACCAAAAUUAUCUGGACCACUGCACUCAGCAAGGAAAGUCAGUGAGACUAGAGGUACUCCUGGAAGAAACGGACACCAAAGCCUAUCUUGCUUGGGUUCUGUUGACAAGGGCAAGCCGUGGAAUCCCAGGAGCUCGUGCGUACCAGCUCAAGCCUCCUCAGAUGCACAUUCACUUGGUACAAAAGCAGCCGAGCUGACACAGUACAAAACAAAAUGUGAGACCCAAAGUGGAAUCAUCCUGCAGCUGAAAAGAUUCCUGACAAGCAGCAACCAGAAGUUUGAAGCGUUAACAGUUGUGAUCCAGCACCUGCAGUCUGAGAGGGAGGAAGCACUGAAGCAGCGCAAAGAGUUAUCUCAGGAACUGGUUAACCUUCGAGGAGAACUAGUAACCACUUCUGCAGCUUGUGAGAAAUUGGAGAGAGACAGGAAUGAACUGCAGGUUGCUUAUGAAGGGUUUUUGCAGAAGUUAAAUGAGCAACAUCACAAUGAUUUGGCUGAGCUGGAGGAGAGGCUUAAACAGUUUUACACUGCAGAGUGUGAGAAACUCCAAAGCAUAUGCAUUGAAGAAGCUGAGAAGUACAAAGCGCAACUCCAAGAGCAGGUGGACUAUUUAAAUAUCACACAUGAAAACUUUAAGCAGGAACUUGAAAGGAGCCACUCGGAGAAGGUAGAGGAGCUGAAAAAGGAGUACGAGUCCUCUUUUUCAGAACUCAAGAGUGCUCAUGAAUCUGAAAGGAAGUCGCUUGAAGAUUCCUUUACGGAGAAGCAGGAAUCGCUAGAGAAAAAAAUCGAUGAAUUAAAAUGUGAAAAUGACUCUCUGAGUGAGAAGUUGAAAUUAGAAGAGCAAAAACAAGUAGCCAAAGAAAAAGCCAAUCUUAAAAACCCACAGAUUAUGUACCUGGAACAGGAGCUGGAGAGCCUGAAGGCAGUGCUGGAGAUCAAGAAUGAGAAACUCCACCAGCAGGAUAUAAAACUAAUGAAGAUGGAGAAACUGCUGGAGAACAACACAAUCCUAAUGGAUAAAUUAAAGAAGGUUCAGCAAGAAAAUGAAGAAUUAAAAGCUCGGAUGGACAAACACAUGGAGCUUUCAAGGCAACUUUCUACGGAGCAAGCUGUUUUACAGGAGUCACUGGAGAAAGAAUCAAAAGUGAACAAGCGCCUGUCCAUGGAAAAUGAAGAACUACUGUGGAAGUUGCACAAUGGUGACCUAUGCAGCCCAAGAAAACUGUCUCCCAGUUCUCCAUCUGUGCCUCUUCAGUCCCCACGGAAUUCUGGUAACUUCUCUAGUCCUACAGUAUCACCGAGAUGACAUCUCUUGAGAGAAAGAGGGGAUUGCAUUUCAUUUGUGAUCUGCAGAACCAAUCCUCACUUCAGUCACAAGAGCAAGAGCUACAUUAGCCAAGUGUGGCAACUAAACAUAACUGGAAGCUAUUUGGUGCAAAAGUGGCGGUAAGAGACUGAGAAUAUGGGAAUAAGACAUUCAUGUUGCUCUUCCCAAAAGACUUGUUUAUGACCUCUAUGGACAUUGUUGCACAAAGCACUUACAGAGCAAGAAAAGACUUGUUCAUUGCCUUUUCACCUAACUAUAAGGAAAAGCUCAGGGGCGUAGAGAUAAAGAUCACCACCUUUAUAAUAUGUUCCUAUCACAGACACUUUUUUUAAGGUUGUGUGUAUGCCUGUGUGCGUGCAUGUGCUGUGUGCGGAAUGGAUGUAACACACUGUGCGUGUGUUUAAUGCUGCCUUCUUUGCUGUGUAUGUAAUAAAGGAUAAAAGCUGAAGACUAUA